AUGGAGUCCCAGGUGUGCCAGAACUUCCCUGCUGAGUGUGAGGCUGGUGUGACCUGUGUGGUGAACCUGGAACUGUAUGCCAGUGGUGUCUAUUUGUCUAUGCUGAGUGUUUAUUUUUCUUUCAGAGAAAAGGAAUCCCGCUACUUCGACCAUGAUGAUGUUGCCCUGAGGCACAUGCUCCAGGUUCUGAAGGAGCCGUCCCAGGAGAAAAGGGAGCAUGCAGAGAAGUUCCUGACAUAUCAGAACAAGCGAGGGGGGCGUAUUGUCCUUCAGGACAUCCAGUCUCUGGCACAGAAGCCAGAGCGGGAUGAGUGGGGAAACAGCCAGGAGGCCCUGCAGCUGGAGAAGACUCUGAACCAGGCCCUGGCUACUGAGAAGAAUGAUCCCCAUCUUUGUGACUUCCUGGAGUCUGAGUAUCUGGAGGAGCAGGUGAAGGGCAUCAAGCAGCUGGGAGACCACCUCACCAACCUGAAGCACCUGGGAGUGCCCCAGAAAGGCAUGGGAGAGUACCUGUUUGACAAGCUCACCCUGUGGGAGAGCAGCUGAACUUCAUGGUGUAGAACCAGUCCAGUGUACUGGCUUACCAGUGCAUAGUUGUAUUGCCUUAUUUGCAAUGUCUGAGAAUAAAAUAUGGUGCUCAUUUGUGGCGUGU